GAGGUGUCCCUCCCCGUGUCGCGAUCCCUCCCGCCGCUAUAACCGAGCGGUCCCUCCCCGUGUCGCGGUCCCUCCCGCCGCUAUAACCGUGCGGGCGGCGGGUCCGCGUCCCGGGGCGAUGGCGCUGCGCUGCCUGCUGCUGCUGCUGUGCGGAGCCGCGCUCGGACCCGCCGUGCACCUCGACUUCGCCGAGCACCGCAGCCAGGCCGCCAAGAUCAAGGUCAACCCCCGCGGCAACCUCUGGGCCACAGGUCACUUCAUGGGCAAGAAGAGCGUGACGGGCUCCCCGCACCUGGAGGCUGCCGAGGAGCCUGCGGUGCCCGUGGUGUUCGGUCCCUCUCUCCGAGCCCUGCUGGAGGACAUGAUGGAACUGCUGACCCGGGAGCUCCUGAAAAUCCUCUUGCAGGAAAGGCUGCUGGAUGAGAACCAAGGGAAAUACGACCUCACUGGCCAGGAGACAGGGCUUUUAACAAAGGUGCUGGAGAAGUACUUCUCAAACUGAGGGAGGAUGAGGUGUGCAAGGUCAGCUGUGCCUGUGAACAGAGGAGAGCUUCGUCCUUGUGGGCUCCUAUAGCAACAGCACUUUUAUUUAUUCUUUCUGAAAUAUUGUUAAUAGUGAUGGUGUGUGUGGAAGUGGAGCCUCCCUGUGUGUUUUGUGUUUCCUUGCUGUCUGAUGUGCCUGUGUGAAUAAAGCUGG